AACUUUGGCCACGGUGCUGAACACCCGCUCUGAUGGAGAGCUCGUGGCACAAAUGCACAGGUACUUUCGGGCAGCCCUUGACAUCAGAGGAAAACGCCUGGCUCCAUCACAUUUCCACCAGAGAAGGAGGUCUUCGUCUCCCUGAAUAACAGGCUCGCAACAACAGGCAGUUAUCUCUGCUCCUGCUCGCUCCUGUAUGGUGCCGACCGGACCUGCCGCCGCAUCGGCUUUUCUUUGAAGGAGACUGCACAUAGUCAUCUGUUUUUGGGUGGUGCAUUCUUGUGAGCAAAGUAUCUCAAGUAGGCCUUGAAGGAGUUUCCUCAAAUUUGGCACAAAUGUCCACUUGGAAUAAAGACUGAACAUAUUAGAAUUUGGUGGUCAAAGGUCAAGGUCACUGUGACCUCACAAAACAUGUUUUUCGCAUAGCUUAAGAAUUCAUGUGUCAAAGGUCAACUUCGUGACAUCAUAAUGUUCUUCAUAAAACACUUUUCUUGCCAUUAUACAAUGUCAUAUCUCAGGAACAGAGGGGGAGACAUUUGGUCACGUACUGAAUUGGUGACACUCUUAUUGGGUGUUCAUCUUGAAACUGUGCUUAUUGUAUAGAUCUUCUGUGCUGCUGGGGGGGAAAUGGGCAUGAAGCAUCCAUGUUUUCACAGACAUGGAUGUCAACUGUUAGGUGUAGUUACGUUACUUUCAUCAGCCAUGAAGCAAUGUGUAGAUAAGGCUGCAGCUCAGUGCAGAGUGCAAUGCGUCAUACUCUCAGGGUCCCCACAGUCAUGAAAUUCCUGGAAAAAAUAUGGAAUUGGCUCAAGAGAGAGAAAGACCCUGGUCGUGCUGGAUGUAAGGUCUGUGUAAAAUCAUUUGAUGUUAGCAACAUGGGGGAAGCGGCGCUCACCAUGCCAAAGGAAAGAAACAUUUAGACAACCAAAAGACGGCUGAACACUGAUCAACACAACCUACCCUCAACCAAUAUGCUGCCUCAAAUGAUGUGCUAUCGGCUGAAGUGAUAUGGACUCUAAAGUCAAUGGAUUCGCAUUAUUCGUACAGUUCAUGUGCCAACACAGGCGCAGUUUUUCGAGCCAUGUUCCCCGACAGCGAAAUAGCAUCUAAAUUUAGUUUAGGGGAAACAAAGUCUGCGUACCUCCCAACAUUUGGCAUUGUGCCCUACUUAAAAUCACUACUGGUCAGAGAAGUGUCCAGGCAGGCUGGUUAUGUAAUGAUGUUUGACGAAAGCUUGAACAAAGCUCUGCAACUCAAACAGACAGAUCUGCACAUACGAAUUUGGGACGGUGGGGAGGUGAAAACCCGCUAUGUAGGCUCUGAGUUUUUUGGACACGCAACUGCCCAGGACAUUGUAGAUCGAAUGCCAUCUAUACUCUCUGAAACGGGAAUGAAGAAUCUCGUGCAGCUGUCAAUGGACGAACCCAACGUAAAUUGGAAGGUUUUCGAUUUACUUCAAUCUGACCUGGUCCAAAUCAACAAAUCUCUACUGAACAUCAUGUCAUGCGGACUGCAUACUCUCCAUAACGCCUUCCGAGACGGAUACAAGGCAAGCGGAUAGGAGGUGGACCAUACCCUCUGUAGUCUGUAUUGGCUCUUCAAAAACAGCCAAGUGUGUUGAGAAAACUUCGUAAACUUCACAGGUAAUGUAUUUUAUAUUAUAUUAUAUGCUAUAGCCAGUUUUGCACAAUAUCUAUGCUGUGAAUGUAAUGUGUUGAUUGUUGUUGUAAUGUAGGCUAUUGAAAUUAUUAAUAAAGUCCUUUAAAACUCGCAGGCUGCAACACACCCAUGCUGAAAUUCUGCCGGCACCGAUGGGUUGAAAAUGUGAAGGUUUGUGAGAGAGGGCUGAUGCUGUGGCCUCGUGAUGAACUACAUCGAUGCAGUCUCACGAGGAGAGUUACCGCAGCCAAAGAUCAAAUCUUUCCAAGAGAUCAAGACGGCCUGUGCAGAUCUACUUUUCCCAGUGAAAACGGCAGUAUUCCAGAGCAUAGUCAAGCAGUACCAGACCGACAAGCCAAUGCUACCAUUCAUGGGUGAGGACGUGUACCAGCUGCUCAAAGGGCUCAUGGACCGUUUCAUCAAAGAGAAGACCAUGAAAGAGGCAGCACUCAGCAAACUUAAAAGUCAGAAGAAGAUCUCAGAAAGAGUGGUGCUUGAGAUAAAAAAUGGAUUGUAAAACUUUCCUCAUUGCACUCCUGCACAAGCUUGUUCACAAGAUGCCUGUGCAAUACCCCGUUGUUCAAAGCAUGCAGUGCCUAGAUCCUAGACAAAUGGUUGCCAACAAAGAACAGUGUGUGAACAAAAUGAAAGAGUCCUGCAAACCCUUGUCAGUGCAAAUCAAGUGAAAGAAUCAGUUUGUGACGAUGUCUUGACAGAGUACAGGGCAUUCUGUGAUUUUGCUCUGGUGACUCCAGGGUUCAGAGAAUUUAACCCCACCUCAGAUAGAGUAUACACUGUUUUAUGAGACCAUGGGCUCUAGCACUGAAUUCAGAAACCUCUGGGAGGUGGUGAAGGUGCUUCUUGUGAUGUCCCAUGGACAGGCAAGUGUAGAGAGGGGGUUUUCUGUUAAUAAAGAAGUUGAGGUAGAGAAUCUGAAGGAACAGUCUUUGGUGGCACAGAGACUUAUCAUUGACCACAUUAGGGCAGUUGGAGGAGUGCGUAAAGUUCAGAUCACAAAAGAACUGCUUAUAUCAGCUGCAGGUGCAAGGCAGAAGUAUUGUGCCUACCUUGAUGAGCAAAAGAGAGAGAAGCAGAAAGACGCUUGCCAUGAAAAGAAAGUCUCUCAUGGAAGAAUUGGAUGAACUAAAAAAAAAAAGAGAGCUAGAGUUGAGGCUGAUGCCACCGCCCUAGAGAAAGCUGCAGAUGAGUAUGUGAACAAGGCAGAGACCACUCGCAAACUUACCUUUAUUGCAGUGUAUAACAGCCUGCACCGUUCAGCCAAAGAAAGAAAGCAAGUCUUCUUGACAUUAAAGAGCAAAUCAAUGAGAAACUAAAAAAAAUAAAGAAUGAGUAGACACAGUUUAAGACUGUUCAAAGCAAACACUUAUGUUCUUUUUUUAACAUAUAUUUUUUUAACAUAUAUAUUUUUUAUCUUAAUUUUAUUUUUUUAUGAAGCAUAGUGCACUGUGAUAUUAGGUUUUACUCUCAAAAUGUUGUAUCGCCUAAUGCUGUGAGGCCUUGAUUGCCGUUUAUCUUGUGGUGCUCUUGUACCAGAAACCCAGACUAAUUUAUUUAUUUUAUUGAUUCCUUAUUUAAACGGGGAAGCCAACCCUGAAGCACAGUGGCCUACUUAAGUUACACUUAAUGCACAAAUGUUUUUUUUGUAAUUGUUGAAUAUCUGAUUGUCUCAGAAUAAAUAUCAUUAUUUGUUACCUCUUCAGUGUUUUCAAUUUUUGAGCAUUUAAAUGCUGUAGCACUUGGUUAAUUGUUGUUGUUACCAGUCAAUGCUACAUUCACUAGCCAAUGCAUGAUUAAUAUGUACAAAUACAAGAAUAUGGGCGCCCUAGGAUAGGUGCGUGAUGGACACAACAUCCCUUCCAUUCCCUAUGCCACAUUUUUACUACAUUGCUUAGGCCAUAGCAGUAGCACACUGGAGAGGCUCAUUAUUGCGCUCUAUGGUCGCUAUUAUAGGUCUCAUCUAUUAUAAAUUAAGUCAUGGAAAUUUGGUAAAAUAUUAUGGAAAAGUUAUGGAAAGGUUUUGAAAAAUCAUGGGUAAAAAAAAAGUGUGGGAACCCUGUACUCUGAAAACUACGCCCACCAGAGGGGAAAAUUGUCAGCACUACAGUAUGCAACUGAGGGCUGAAACGCUAACAGAGUGUCUGUACCUAGCUAAAAACAUUAGAUUUUAGCAUGUCGAAGGACUAUUCUAACACCUUAUGUCUACCAGGGAGGAGAGUUAUAUCUACAUUUUGUUAAGCCAAAUUAGCAAAAUGCUUGCUGCAUGUAGGCAUACUGAGUGUCAGGAUUCCUCAGUUUUCUCCUGAGGAGUGUGCCUGUGAGGGAGGAGGAUGAGCCUGUGAUCGCGAGAGCCCACCAGACGAGUGCGAGAACCAAGAUGACGGUGCCUGGCUGCUAGACUCCACACACAACUUCCACUUCUUUCCACAAAAUAAACCCCUUUUCUGCACUUCACACUCUGGAUUAUCACAACCACCCGACCUGGAAGACCUUGAGGAUUUCAUCGACGCAUGCUUUUACCAAUUCUGCACCAUGAGCGACACACAGCCAGACCGUGAGCAGGACCGCAACUCAUCCACACCACACACCAAGAGGUUCAGACCAUUCGACUCCAUUCACAUCUCUCCGCACAAAACAUGCUGUGCUGAAGUCAGUGAUAUCCUCAUUUCCAUAAACACCAAUCUCUCAGGACUAGAUGCGCGCAUAGGACUCAUCGAAAUAUUACACAAAGAAUUUCAACAUCUCCGUGAAAGCCACGAGUUCAGCCAGCACCAAAUAGAAACAGUCACCAAAGAAAACAGACUCCUCCACACCUCCGUCAACAUGCUCAAUACUCGGCUCAACCCUGUCGCAAAACAAAACAAGGAAAUGAAAGAAACCAUACUCGAUUUACAGUCAUGCAGCAUGAGGGACAAUCUUGUUUUUUCCGGCAUCCCAGAACGCACACAGGACGACAGCCCCGAACAGCUAAUUCAGGACUUCAUGACCACUCACCUCAAAAUCUCCCUGCACAUUGUAAAAGAUAUCACAUGCCACCGUGUACACCGCAUCGGACCCAAAAACCCUGCAAACAAACGCCCCCGUCCCAUUGUGGCAAAAUUCGAACACUUCAAACACAAACUACAUGUACAACGUCACUGCAGGCAACUUAAAGGCACGGGCCAUGGACUAAACGAUCAGUUCCCCCAAGAAAUACUGGACAGACGCAGUUUUUUUUUUUUUUUUUUUUUUAAGAUUUUUUGGGGGGGCAUUUUCAGCCUUUCAUGGAUAGGACAGACAAGUGUGAAAGGGGGAGAGAGAGAGAGAGGGAGUGACAUGCAGCAAAGGGCAUGGUCGCCAAGACCAAGCGAUUUUGGUCUUGGCGAUGGUUGGCGGCUGAAACAUCCAUCUGCAAAGAAUUCUCUUUCUUUUCACCAGGUCAUCACUCCUACUCCCGCAUUGACUUCUUUUUAACCAGCAACUCAAUUAUAUCCCAAAUCUCAGACAUACUUAUACACCCCAUCAUCAUUAGCGACCAUGCUCCUGUCUCCUUCACCUGCAAUAUCACACAUUCUCACAAACUAUUCAACAGAUGGAGAUUUAAUACGUCUUUACUUGAGGAAAACUUCACAUACAGUAAUAAAUCUGGAAAAUACCUGGCCAACCAAAUC